UUAUAAAAGCGAGCAUCCAGGUCCUUCGCCUAGCAGUCUGAUUCUACCCUUAGCCAAGCCUGCAAAUCCCGUCGUACAAUUGUUUCCGUACCUGCAUCUCCAACACCAAAACCGAAAACCCCACCAGGAACUUACUACCGUAGCUAGUCUACCUAAGCCAAGCGCUGUCCGACCCCGCCAACCAUCCCAGCGAUCUUCUGCCCACCAACUUUCCAAGCUACAAAGCUCCGUUGUCGCAACACUUUUCCACGCCCAUCAUCAGAAAGGAACCGCAUUUUCAAACAAAUCAAAAUGUCCGACGCAAACCACACCUACAAGUUCAACAUCACCAUGACCUGCGGCGGCUGCUCAGGCGCUGUGGACAGGGUGCUGAAGAAGCUCGACGGUGUUCAAAGCUACGAGGUCUCGCUCGAGAACCAGAACGCCACCGUCGUCGCCGGCCCUGACUUGAGCUACGAAAAGGUCCUCCAGACCAUCACCAAGACGGGCAAGAAGGUUACGGCUGGCGAGGCCGACGGUGUCGCACAGAGCAUCGAGGUUCCUUCGGCAUAGAAACCUCCCGCCUUGUGUCAAGGUUGGAGCUGGGGAAAAAAAGAGCAACCCGGGCGGGAGCAAGGGAACUACGAUUGUUUUGUUUAUGGACUAGCCGGGCGUUAUAUAUUUUUUAAUGGGAAUCUUAUACGUUUCGGACCGCAUUUUGAUACUUGACAAUCUCCCGACUUGAGCUUUGUGAGGGUUCUUCGCGAAGCGUUUCGACACUUCAGUUGUGACUGAGACCUUGCGCGAGGUCUUCGGGAGGUUCCCAUCUUUGGAGUACACAACCAUUACGAGAGAAGUCUGCACUGAUUGCAGGCUCCGUCGGAAGGACCCGCAGGGUGUUAGAACAUUGACAGUUCAGACGUCCGGGACACGGAAGUUACCUCUCAGGGUUUGGCGGAUAGAGUCAAUUGGUGGACGGGUUAUCUGACUAACAUCUCACUCAUCUCCAGGUUUAGGUCAGUUGCAUGCGAAACCAACCUUAGGACGGUAGAUAGAGUCGGGAGUGUAAUUACAGUUGUACACGUUUUACCCGAUAUGGCUCUAUCGCCCGAUCGUGCUGCCGCUAGUUCCAGCUUAUAGUGCUUGCUCAGUCCAGCGAGACGCCUACAGGAGGCAGUUUUGAUGUUGAAUCCAAGGCGCGGAGGGUUGUUGGCCCGGAUACCGACCUGCUUUUAGCCGGGCAGCGAUACUUUCGGAUAUGAAAACGUGCUCUGCUCGCCGGCUACAAAGUCUAGUCGGCUUUGAAGAGGGCCGUGAUGUGAGCCGCAGAUCCCCGCUAGUCACCCCAUGAUCCAUGAUCCAAUAGCAAAGUUCACUGUCCACUGUUCACUCCUUUUAGUACCAGAAUCCCGGGUCGCCAAUCUAGAUUGCAGUUUGUGGCGGCGUCCCUCAGACCCAAGGGGGCGGUUGUUGGGUCCAUGGCAUCUGGUCUCAACAAUUCGAUGUUGGUGGUUUCGUC